AGGCGUGUAGAGAAAUAAUAGAGAAUAGUAGAAUGUGACUCUUCAAAGUUUUAAUGAGCCCCUAUAUCUGUGUUUUUAUUACAACCCGAUAUUUAAACUAUAUAAUAUUUGUGAUUUAUAAGUAGAGAAACAGCAACAAAAAUAAUCAACCUGCUGUGCCUGCUUGAAAGAGCUUCAACAAAAACAAGAAGCAGACGAUCAGAUGAGAUGGCGUCAAAGAGCAAGCCACCGCGGCUGAUUUUGUUGACCGGACCACCAGGAGUUGGCAAAACCACAUUAGUGCAAAAAGUAUGCGCUGCCCUCAAAGAAAAUCACAUCUUAACUCAGGGUUUCUACACUGAAGAAGUUAGGAGUGGUGGCAGAAGGACUGGGUUUGAUGUUGUCACACUGUCUGGAAAUAGGGGACCUUUGGCAAGAGUAAGUGGUGGAGGGCAGCCUCAAGAAACUCAGAGGCAUGAACCCAGAGUAGGGCAGUACAGUGUCAAGCUGCAGGCAUUCGAACAGACUGCUCUUCCUGUGUUAAAAUUCCCAAAUUUAGCAGGUGAAAAACCAGUAAUGGUCAUUGAUGAGAUUGGUAAAAUGGAGAUGUUUAGUGGUACUUUUACACAAACAGUUCGGACAUUAAUUGCUAGAGAGGAUGCAACUGUUCUAGCCACCAUUCCAAUUGCAAAAGGCCAACCAUUACCACUUGUGGAAGAACUUCGCACUAAGAAGGAUGCUUAUGUUUUCACAAUUUCAAAGGAAAAUCGCAAUUCCAUUUUAUCAGAGAUUGCUGCAGCUGUCCAGUUAUCAAUAAAAACUUAACAGAC